UGCUAUGUUGAAAUGGAUGGUACUUUGGAAUAUAAAGUCAAGAGAUUAAUUCAUUUGCAGCAACAACUUUGGGGAAAUAUGGAAUUAACGACUUCCCAAGGCUCCUCUUUGACACACCACACUACAGUUUCAAAGGAUACUAAAGUGGAUUUUCCGCUUACUGAACGUUUUUUAAAUUUUGAAACGGUGAUUCAAAACUUGCUGAUAAAAGCAAAGCCUUUAAGUGAAAUUCGAUACAAUAUCCUUCGCCGUGUUCUUUUCUCUUGCAUACAAUACGGUAUUUGGGAACGUCUCAUUCAUGUUUUUAUAAAACAGUUUCAAACUGUGAACUUUCAUACCACGACGAUUGAUGACAGCUCUACGACGUUGGCUUUAUUAACACUAGUACAAAAAUCGUUCAAGGUUCUUUUAACUGUUUUAUUUUCAUGGAUAAGUCAAUGUCAGCUCCACUCCAUUCCUGAAGCUUUAGUACAAACAUAUAUACAAAUACAAAUUGCCACAUCAGUGUAUUUUCCUUACUUAAGUUGCAUUCUUUUAAGUGGAGACUCGAAAAAAGUUUCUUUUUUUUGUUGUCGUUUAGCUCGUUAUCUAGGCAAGUGGUGCGACAAGACAACUACACUGUUUCUUCAUUUAUGGCAAGGGGUCAAUGCGACAGAACGUUUACGCUUUUUGUUGACUCUUGGUCCUAUCGAGUGUGUUCCUCAGGCUUUGUUGUGUGCUCCUUUAGGUGGGUUUGAAUACCCAACAGACCGUGUUGUUUUUUCAAGUGCUCCACAGCCUUCAUUAGCCUUUACUAUGGACCGCACUUCAAGACUUUCUCAUUUUCAGGUAUAUCCCAUGCUCAUGUGCGCACAUAACGCAAAUCCUCUACCUCAACUAUUGGAUUUUUAUACCGGAUCCAACGAAGUGAAUGGUGUGAUCUGGAAUUCGAGUUCACUCUAUUUGUGCGUUUCCACAAUUCAUAAUGUUUAUCAAAUCAAUCUUGUUGAAUCCCUUUUACGAGAACCAAGUCAGACCUCCCUUGACUCUGACAUGGACUGGAAUGACACAUUCAUGAAAGAUCCCAGCAUGGAUUGUUUUUCUCAAUGGGUACAAAAGUUAUACCACGAGUACGUUGCUUCGGAAAUUCAAUUAAAAACCCCAUUUUAUCAUAACUGUUGUAUCACAAAUGAAAAUUUAAACACGUUCGCACAUAAUAUUAUGCUAUUUUUUUAUUUUCUCUUUCCAAGUAUGUGUCUAACAAACAUACGUUUGUCACAUCCAAAAAAUCAUUCACGUAUAAUGAGUGCACUUGUGCAGUCGAAAAAUGAUGAAUUUUCAUCUAAAGACACAGACAAAACACAAUUGCAAAAGGUUAGAAAACCUCCAAGUGUUGUUCCUCAUUGGAUAAAUGAAUUAAGCCAAUUGGAAAGAAUGCCGUCGUAUGAUUUGGAAAAGAUAUCCAGCACGAUUCCCUUUCACUAUUUGUUUUUACUUAAAGGAUUGUUAAUUCCGUUGACAACUUUCGCUUUUUCAAAACCAUUAAAACUGCAAUCUCAAACUGAAACAACUGACAUCCUGACACCUCAAAGCGAUACCGAAAUUUCUUAUAAGGAUAAACAAAACUUAGACCGUGAAAAUUUGACGAAUGAUUUUAUGACAUUUCCCUUUUCAAUUCAAAACAAUUUAACCUCAUCUUUUCAUGAAACUAUUAGCCAAGGAAACUCUUUUCUUCAAUUGCUGACUCGACAACAUGCAGACUUUUUGAAACAUCAAAUAGACAUUCUGAAGUCGUGUUUUUUUAAAAUUUCAAAAGUAUACAAAUCAAAAAAUACGUCUCAAGCAACCAAUUUACAAUCUUUUUCCUUGGAAACAAGUUCUCUGUCACAUCUUCACUCUCAUCCUUUCUUACCACUGUAUAUUGGAGCUAUCACAGAAUCUCAUGUAUCUUAUACCCCCGUAGGUACACCCGUCAUCAUCUUGGCUCAGUUUGGAUCGUUAACAAGCGAAAUAUUAGGUGUUCUGAUGCUCCCAAUUAAAAAGCUAAUCAAAUCAACCAAACAAGUGACAACAAAUUCAAUCCAUUUAGAAGAGAACGACGUCACACAAAAACUGUCAAAUCAAACUGACAGUUCCUUAUUAUUAACGUAUCAAAAAGCGGGAGCAAUUGAAUCACUUAAGUGGAAUGACACCGGAACGCGAAUUAUAUCCAGUCACGCUAAUGGAUGGGCUUGUAUAUGGAAAUUUCCUUUAUCCCAUAUUGAUCGGGUUGACAAAUUCACUUCAGAUGUGGAUGAAGAAAUGUCUUCCACCCUACACUCCACUUCUGUUUGUACCAAACUCAAUUCCAAUAACAAAUCACUUUUAUCUAGAUCCCCAGCACACUUUCCUUCCUUCGUUUUCAAACCUCAUACAAGUUACUGCUUUCUAGCUCGGUUUCUCUAUACAGGAGAUUCACAUAAUGAGCAUCUUCUGGUGACAUCUGGUUUGGGCAUGGAACCUACCUUAGUUGUUGAAAUUCACCCGAAGAAAUCUUCUACAACGAUAUUUUUUGAACCAAAUAUGGGGAUCUUAUGUAUAUGGGAUAUAAGAAAUAAUGAAUUACUUCAGUUUCCUCAGCUUUUACAAUAUGAUGCUUCUUUUAGUAUCAACAAUUAUGCCACUGAUAUAGCCGUUUGGCAUGCUAAACAAUUACUCAUUUAUAGUGAUCGCCAUGGUUAUGUCCGAAUAAUGAACUUGAAACAACGUGAACUCAAUAAUAUAUUAUAUUUAAUCCAUCCACCUACUGUUUAUUCUAUCUAUAAAAAAAUGUGUUUAGCAAACUCGAAUAACAAUCUUUCUUCAAAUUGGCAAUUAGAGAAACUUUUUCUUAACUCAGACAAGGAUUUAGUAAAAUCAAAACGAAUAGAGGAAUAUGUUGGAAAAGACUCCGCUUCUCCUAAAGCUCUUAAAAAAGAAAUUGUCAAAAUUUUUUUAUUAACAAAAACCCAACGCUUAGUCGCUUGUUACGAAGAUAGUCUGAUUCGCGUGUGGGAUAUAAGUUCUUUAGAACAAAACAACUUAAUCAAUGUAUUUCAAAAUACUCAACAAAAUAUUUAUAAUUACCCUCUGGACCCUCACGACAAAACAACAAAAUCCAUUCGAAUGUUUUAUCCAUCCACUGGAUGCCCCCCACUCUUAUGGGAAGCUACUAAAUUGUUACACAUACCUGAUCCUUCCAAAAAUUCUUUAAUAUCUUCGUUCAUGGGAGCUGUCAUCAAUAUAACACCUACUAAGACUCCUUUCCCCGCCUUACUUGACGCUUAUAUGCCUAGUCCUUAUCAUCUUGUUACUCUUGGGACGGAUGGUACUGUUGCAAUGACUCGUCUUUAAAAAUUAAUUGCUUGAUU